CUCUUCCUCAUCCAGUUCAUGCGAGAUGUGUGAGUGCUCUCACUCACGUCAUCCUCAACCACCACCCAGCUGCUUUCCCCUCCUCUUAAUCCCCACCGAGACAAAUCCAUCAAACCCUAGUCCUCCUCCUCAUCUGCGCCGCCGGCCGCCGUCCUCCCUUUGUUUCUUCCCGUCUUCCAAGCGAGAACAGAGAGCAGAGAAGAGGUGUCUGCAAAUUCAGUUAAAUAUCCUGUUAACAUCGAGAAAAUCCGCCGAGGAAACCUCUCCUUCCCGCUGCCUCCCGGCGUCCUCUCCGCCGCCUGAGUGCGGGAAUGGAGCCACCACGUCAAGGCCGUCUCCCUCGCAGCAGAACCAGGACUGGAGCCGCUCGGAAUCUUCGUCGACAUCAAGGUCUUCCUCCUGAAACGCUGUCCGUGUUCGCGGACCUUGCUCUGCACCGUGUCAACAAAUCCAGCCUUCCCCAACCAGUACGACUCCAGCAGCAUCCUCCUGCAUUUGCUUCUUCCCGGAUAGGAUCGCGAAGUGGUGUGGUGAGAUACGACAAGUUCUCCGGAUGUCCCUCGACAAGCUUUAACAGGUAUGAAGAUAUGUUCGAUGAAGACGACGUUAGCAAGGUUACCCUUCCGGCUUGGCCUGGGCAGGGUUAUGGACGCCACUGGUUACCUUCAGGACUCUUAGUCCAAUUUGUAUCUUGUCCGUACUCGGACGUAUUUGAUCUUCUGUAUGAUUUGGAUCUUUGUAUGUAUCCAUUUGUAUCUUGACUCGUUGGAGUCGUUGUUGUAAUAUAUGUAUCUUGUGGGCUC